AUGCUGACAAAUAGUAGCACUGAUUAUAUUCUCGAAAAUAUUUUAAAAGAAAUUUUGUCAGAAGUAUUUGUUUUGAGUUUUUAAUAAAGAUGUUGUAAUUACUCGAAUAGAAUAUAAGAUCAGAAGAAGAGUUGCAACAAAUAUAAGAUUAAUUAUAGGAUUAUGAGAAUUUGCAUUAGUUAGCAUAAACAAUGAAGGUUAUCUUUAAAGCUCUAAAAAAGAAAUUUCAAGGAACAAAUAAUUAAUAGAAAUUUUUCAAAUGUGAACAAAAAUCUCAUAACUAUGAAAAAUUAGAAUAGGCAGUUUAAAAAUAUGAAUAAGAAAUAAGAUUUCAUAUUAAAGUAUGCUUAAUAGGUAUAUAGAUUUAGUUAGACUUAACACGAAAUGAAGAUUUUCAUUGAAACAAUUUAAUAAUAAUUAGACGAAUCAGAAUAAGUAAGAAAAGAAUAUCUAAAAGAAACGACUUAAUAGAUUUUAGUAUGUUUGAUAUUUAAAAUAGAAACUAAAAAAAGAAAAUUAUAAUUUGAUCCAACAAUUGAAGUAUUAUAAUUAAACUUAUAAAUAAUAAUCGGCAUUAAACUCUAGAAGAGAUAGUUUAUAAACAAUAAAUUAAAUUAUAUAAAAAACAGCAUCGAAGUCAAAUCAUUUAGGAAAUAAUUAUGGGAAAUAAGAUUAGACUUAGAUUUAAAAUAAUAGUUUAAAUGAAGUAAUUAAAAAUAAAGAUUCUUAAUAAUCGUUGGUAUAAAGACCAAUUCGAUCAAAGUAAAUAUUAUUUAUAAAUAAAAAGUCGAAAUAAAAGUUAUUCAGUGGGACUAAGUAAAUAGAGCUUGAUAAAUAACAGUUUUAUUUAGAAAUUGAUAUAACAGUAGGCCUCAAAAAGAAAGAGCUUACAUGCGGAAAGUCAUCGAUCUAAAGAAUAUGUAGAUUAAUAAAAAUUAUCUGGCAAAUGA